AGAAGAUAAUGCUCCGCAUGAUGGAUGACCUGAAGUCCAGUUUGUACCGUUGCCCGCGGGAGAGCUGAUGGCACGGCGUACAGUUCGUAGCCAGUUCCCAGUCAUUGACCAAAGACACGAUGUGUUUCGAUCACGUGAGGAGGCUCACGAUUUCGGGAGGCAGGAACGGUAGGCAUAGCAUUAGGGAAGGACCAGAGAUGUCCAGUCCUUCCUCGCGGCCUCGUCGAAGGUUCCCGCCAGGUACAAUCAUGGCUGUAGCAACCCAGUCGACCUCCCUCCUUCCUUUCUUUCUUGCAUUCGUUGCUGACGCGUUCCUUCCUUCCUCUACAGGUCGUCCAUCUACCCCUAUUUCGAGUCAUUGACCUUAACGAACCUCUCCUACGAUGAGUCCUUGCUUGCGAACGACAUCGAAUCAAUACCAUACCAUACUAUCUAUUGGAUUCAACAUUCGAUAACGAUGUCUCUCUUUAUCCUAUCCCACCUCGCCAGUCUCGAGUCCGAACGAAUAACACGAACGGCAGUGGAACCAACACAAAGUCCUGUCCAUUCUGGCAACCGGCGGUGCUUAUACUGCAAAGAACCCACACUCGCGCACCACUGCAACGAUUGUCGAUCCAACUGGUUCUGCAGUACCAAGUGUCAGAGGGCAAAAGCCCACAAUAUUGAUGCCGCCAACUACAUGGCUCUCUGCCCCGUGCAGAACAAACGACUGAAUACCCACCAUUACCUCGCCGAGUCCCUUCGAGCCGGUACCUGCGAGCCUCCCACUGAUCCGCAAACACGACAAGACUUCGGGUUCGAUCUUUGCCAAUAUGGCAAUAACCAAGAGGAACGCCUCCUUUGGGCGACAUACAAGUGCCUUGGUUGUUUCUUCGACCUCGACAGCGUCGUUAUCUAGGGAUGGAUGAUUGCAGGGGCAAGUCACUACUCGCCGAGAUGAUCAAGCAGUAUUUCGCCCAGGUUCACCUUUUGACGAAAGAUGUAUACAUCUGGUGGUUUCGCCAUAACAUCUGGGUCAUCAUACCUGAGGACAGCAGACUAGGAUAUGCUAUGACAGUCCAUACCGAUCUCGUCCGGGAGUGCGCCACAAUGUCGCGGGUCUUCUGUCAGAUCAUGCAUGGCUGGGACCGAGAUCGAGGAAGUGGGUGGACUGGGCACACUGUUGACUACAUGGCAGCCCGCGUACGAGAAGCAACACGUCCGGUGGAAGAAGAAGAUCAAGCAAUGGAUGGGGCCUCGAGCAACACCUUGAGCGUCGAUGAUACAAGCGGUAACCCCUCGAAUAACGACGAAUUCCCAGGUAUUGAUUCCUCGAGCGAAGAUCCCUCAAGUGAUGACCUUGCGUCAGGAUAACGCAAAUCAUAUCAGUCUCACGAACAAAAUACCCACGGAAGAGAUCUGUGAGAAGCACCCAGGCCUACAGGUACAAGAUUUAUCGGCAUGUUUACUUCGAGGGACAGACCUCGAGUAAUUAGGAAUAGCAAACAAAUGUUAGAGCCUUCCCACAGUGAUCAAGUUCCCCGUACGCAGGUUUCGUGCACGUCUUCCAAAGUCAACAUCAGGCAGCUCUCCAAAGAGAAGGCACUAACAAAGAUCAGUCUAAAGAA